AUGGAGAACGGAUUCGCGGCGUUCCGCUCGCGCAACCAGCGCUCUCGAUUCAGCCGCUUCGGUCAGAACAAUGCCAGAGACUCCGACGAGCAGCAGGGUCUCCUACAGGACAGCGACGACGAUGGUGCUGGCAAUGUCUCAGGCUCGAAGCGUCCAAGUCUGACCCCUAGACUCUCCGAGGAUCACCGACGACAAUAUGGUACCAGCGGCGACGACGACAUCCCAGCUCGAGCGACCACUUCAGUACAGCUUGGGUCAAAUCGGGCCGGCUUCAUCGCAUCCCUCUUCGGCUCGAAGGAACGCGCGCCACGCGACCUCAGCCGUACAAUCAGCUUAGGAGACUCGGAUCGCGUCCGCUCAAGAUAUCCUGCGAACGUGGUCCGGAAUCAGAAGUACAACGUCAUCACCUUCCUGCCCAAGGUGCUCUACGAACAGUUCAAGUUCUUCUUCAACCUCUACUUUCUUCUGGUCGCAUUGAGUCAGUUCAUCCCGGCGCUCAAGAUCGGCUUCAUCGCCACCUAUGUGGCUCCACUGGCUUUCGUGCUCUGCAUCACCAUCGGCAAGGAAGCUAUCGACGACUGGGCUAGAUACAAGAGAGACUUAGAAAGCAACAGCGCUCCGUACAAGCUGCUUGUACCCAACAGCUCAGCCAUCGCCAAAUCGCAGGCACGCCUGGCCAGAAAAGCGAGUCCGAACAAGCCCCUCUCCCUCGGCAGCGAUCUCGGGCAGUCUAGGGUCGUUCAAAUUCCCAGCAGCAAGAUCAAGGUGGGCGAUUUGGUGGUGCUGGACAAGAAUCAGCGCGUGCCCGCCGACAUGGUGUUGCUGCAGACCUUCUCCAACGAUGCCACUAUAGAAGCCGGAACUGGCUCAGUCGCACCCACGCCUGCAGACGAGAGCAGCCAGUUCGUCCUUGGCGAUGACGAAGACGACAGAGACGCCAACAAGAAGUCAACGGAGGUCGACCCCUCUUCGUCAAAGGCGGAGGACGAUUCCGCCACAGAGGGCUCCAACGGUAGCUGCUUCAUUCGCACCGAUCAGCUCGACGGUGAAACGGAUUGGAAACUGCGCGUCGCAAUCGAGCUCACACAGCGUAUGCCGACCGACGAUCUGGCCGUGCUAGGCAAUCGAGCCGUUGUGUAUGCAGGACCGCCCAUCAAAGACAUCCACACGUUCCUCGGCAACUUCACUCUGCAUCCUCCACCAGACGACGGAUCCAUGACACCAACACCCACUGUGCCGCGCACUGGGCCGACCGUAGGCGAUCUUCUUGGCGUUCCAACCGAUGCACCGGAUUACAAUCGCGGCUCCACAGACUCGACCAGGCCCGACACCAUCAUCGCGAUGAGUCAACAGCCUCAGGUGGCUCCGUUGACCGCCGAAAACGUCUUGUGGGCCAACACUGUCCUCGCAGCUGGCACGGCCGUCGGCCUCGUCGUCUAUACGGGGCGAGAGACCCGAGCCGUGAUGAACACUUCCUACCCAGGCACCAAAGUCGGCCUGCUCGACCUCGAGAUCAAUCGACUCUCAAAGAUCCUCUGCGGCGUCACCUUCGCUUUGUCCGUCGCUCUCGUCGCACUCAACGGCUUCAAGGGCGAGUGGUGGGUCUACAUCUUCCGUUUCCUCAUCCUCUUUUCGUCCAUCAUUCCCAUCAGUCUGCGUGUCAAUCUCGACAUGGGCAAGACGGUCUACGCACGCCAGAUCAUGCACGACGACGAGAUUCCUGGCACCAUCGUUCGAACGUCAACGCUGCCAGAGGAGCUCGGCCGUAUCGAAUACCUCCUCUCAGAUAAGACGGGGACCUUGACGCAGAACGAGAUGGAACUGCGCAAGCUGCACAUGGGCACCAUGAGCUACGGCUGGGAUAGCAUGGACGAGGUGGCCUCGCAGCUGGCGACCGCACUGCAGCAGCACUACGGCAACAAUCAGCAGCCUUUGAUGAGUCCGACAAAGACGACUGCGCCCACAACGCUAACAACAGCAGGAGCCAUGCUUGCCGGCCGCGGUCGCCGCGACAUGAGCUCUCGUGUCAAGGACGUCGUCCUCGCCCUCGCGCUCUGCCACAACGUCACACCCGUCGUCGAGCUCGACGGAACGAUCACCUACCAAGCCUCAUCGCCCGACGAAGUCGCCAUCGUGCGAUGGACCGAAUCGGUCGGGCUCAGCCUCGUCGCUCGCGAUCGAACCUCCAUGUCGCUCCGUGCAACCGACGGCUCGACACUGCACUUUGACAUCCUCGAAGUCUUUCCCUUCACCUCCGAAUCCAAGCGCAUGGGCAUCGUCAUCCGCGAACGCGCCACGGGCGAGAUCACAUUCUACCAAAAGGGCGCCGACGUAGUCAUGGCCCGCAUCGUCGCACAGAACGACUGGCUCGACGAAGAGUGCGGCAACAUGGCCCGCGAAGGGCUGCGAACGCUCGUCGUAGGUCGUCGACGACUCACCUCCGAUAACUGGCUCGUCUUCGAACGCGCCUACAAGGCCGCCCGGGUUCAGGUCGAGGAUCGAUCGGAUGCCAUGGCACGGGUCGUCGAGGAGCAUCUCGAGAACAAUCUCGAACUGCUCGGUCUCACGGGCGUCGAGGACAAGUUGCAAGACGAUGUCAAGAUGACCCUUGAACUGCUCCGGAACGCGGGGAUCAAAGUGUGGAUGUUGACGGGCGACAAGAUCGAGACAGCGACGUGCAUUGCGAUCUCAUCGAAGCUCGUGGCGCGCAACCAGUACGUGCACCAGGUGGCCAAGCUGCGCACGCCCGAUGCGGUGCGGGAUAUGCUCGAUUUCUUGAGAUCGAAGCUCGAUUGCUGUCUGGUGAUCGAUGGCGAGUCGUUGCAGGUGUGCCUGGAUUCGUUCAGGGAUGAAUUUAUCGAGUUGGCGACGCAGUUGUCGGCGGUGGUGGCGUGUCGCUGUUCGCCGACGCAGAAAGCGGAUGUGGCACGGUUGAUUCGGAGUCACACCCGCAAGCGAGUCUGCUGCAUCGGAGACGGGGGAAACGACGUAUCGAUGAUCCAAGCUGCCGACGUCGGGUUGGGGAUUGUCGGUAAGGAAGGCAAACAAGCGUCCCUUGCAGCCGACUUCUCCAUCACCCAAUUCUCCCAUCUUACGAAAUUGCUCGUGUGGCAUGGGCGCAACUCGUACAAACGCUCCGCCAAGCUCGCCCAAUUCGUCAUCCACCGCGGUCUGAUUAUUUCGAUCAUCCAAGCGGUCUUUUCGUCGAUCUUCUACUUUGCGCCCAUCGCGCUGUAUCAGGGGUGGCUGAUGGUCGGGUAUGCGACGGUGUACACCAUGGCACCCGUCUUCUCGCUCGUUCUCGACCGCGAUGUCUCCGAGGACCUGGCGUUGCUCUACCCGGAACUCUACAAGGAUCUCACCAAAGGUCGCUCCUUGUCCGCCAAAACGUUCACCACCUGGCUCAUGAUCUCCACCUAUCAGGGCGGGGCGAUCAUGAUUCUCAGCCUCAUGCUGUUCGAGAACGAAUUUCUCAACAUCGUCAGCAUCUCAUUCACCGCGUUGGUGGUCAACGAGCUGAUCAUGGUCGCGUUGGAGAUCACCACCUGGCACGUGUACAUGAUUCUCUCCGAGAUUGUGACGCUGUUUUUUUACUGCGUCAGCAUUGUUUUCCUGCCCGAGUUUUUCGAUCUCGGCUUUGUACUCAGUGCGAGGUUCGCUUGGAAGACGGCGGUUAUUGUCGCGGUUAGUAGUUUGCCGUUGUAUGUAUGGAGGGAGGUUAGGAAUCGGUUGGCUCCGCCGAGCUAUAGUAAGCUGGCCAUGGCUUAG